AUCCCCCCCCCCCCCCCCCAAAAAAAAGCAUCUGUAAACAGCCAUGAACAACGGCACCCGAAAACGCCCACCGCCGCCGUCGCAACCCCCUCCGGCUAACCAGCCUAAGAGUCAAGCAUUCUCCCAGGAAGAAGAGUUCGUCGAUGAGGAUGUCUUCCUUGACGAAACCCUUAUCCCUGUAGACGAAGAGACCCUCAUCCUCCGUGACAUUGAGCAACGCCAGGCCCUCGCUUCUCGCUUUGCCAAAUGGACUCGUCCGCAUCUGUCCUCCGAUUACCUUUCACAAUCUUGUAGCAUUCUUUUUCAGCAGCUGGAGAUAGAUUAUGUCAUCGGGGAGAGUCAUAAAGAAUUGUUGCCAAAUUCAUCUGGAGCAGCCGCUAUUAUUAGAAUAUUUGGAGUUACGAAGGAAGGACAUAGUGUUUGCUGCAAUGUUCAUGGAUUUGAACCAUAUUUCUACAUCAACUGCCCUCCUGGAAUGAGACCAGAUGAUAUUUCUGGUUUUCAUAAAAUCCUUGAGGGGAGGAUGAAAGAAUCCAAUAGAAACAGUAAAGUGCCACAAUUUGUUCGUCGUAUUGAAAUGGUGCAGAGAAAGAGUAUUAUGCACUAUCAGCAGCAGAACACCCAGCCAUUUUUGAAAAUUGUAGUUGCACUACCGACAAUGGUUGCCAGUUGUAGAGGUAUUCUUGACAGAGGCAUUCAGAUUGAUGGCCUUGGCAUGAAGAGCUUUAUGACAUAUGAAAGCAAUGUUCUGUUUGCCCUUCGUUUCAUGAUUGAUUGCAAUAUAGUUGGUGGAAAUUGGAUUGAAAUACCUGCUGGAAAAUACAAGAAGACAGCAAAGAACUUGUCUUAUUGCCAAUUAGAGUUCGACUGCCUGUAUUCUGAGUUGAUUAGCUAUGCACCAGAAGGGGAUUUUUCAAAGAUGGCUCCUUUUCGCAUAUUGAGUUUUGAUAUUGAGUGUGCUGGUCGCAAAGGCCAUUUUCCGGAGCCUACUCAUGAUCCUGUUAUUCAGAUUGCCAACCUGGUCACAUUGCAAGGAGAAGACCAACCAUUUAUUCGUAAUGUCAUGACUCUUAAAUCAUGUUCAUCUAUAGUUGGCACUGAUGUGAUGUCAUUUGAUACAGAAAGAGAAGUCCUGCUAGCAUGGAGGGAUUUUAUCCGUGAAGUGGACCCUGAUGUUAUAAUUGGAUAUAACAUUUGCAAAUUUGACCUGCCAUAUCUUAUUGAGAGAGCUGAUGCCCUGAAAAUAGCAGAAUUUCCAAUUCUUGGACGCAUCAGGAACAGUAGAGUUCGAGUAAAAGAUACAACUUUCUCAUCAAGACAGCUUGGGACUAGGGAAAGCAAGGAGGUUACAAUAGAAGGGAGAGUUCAGUUUGACUUGCUCCAGGCUAUGCAGCGAGAUUACAAACUGAGUUCUUAUUCAUUGAAUUCUGUUUCAGCACACUUCCUCUCAGAGCAGAAAGAGGAUGUUCACCAUUCAAUUAUAUCCGAUCUUCAGAAUGGAAAUGCAGAUACUAGGAGACGCCUUGCUGUGUAUUGUUUGAAGGAUGCAUAUCUCCCUCAACGACUGUUGGAUAAAUUGAUGUUUAUUUAUAACUAUGUGGAGAUGGCUCGAGUAACUGGUGUUCCGAUUUCUUUUUUACUUUCUAGAGGGCAAAGCAUUAAGGUACUGUCUCAACUUCUUAGGAAGGCAAAACAGAAGAACUUGGUUAUUCCUAAUGUCAAACAGGCUGGGUCAGACCAAGGAACAUAUGAAGGUGCCACUGUACUGGAAGCAAGAGCUGGAUUCUAUGAAAAGCCAAUUGCUACUUUAGAUUUUGCAUCCUUGUAUCCAUCUAUUAUGAUGGCAUAUAAUCUAUGCUACUGCUCUCUGGUGACCCCAGAAGAUGUUCGCAAGCUCAACCUGCCUCCAGAGUCUGUGAACAAAACUCCAUCUGGUGAAACGUUUGUUAAAUCAAAUUUACAGAAGGGAAUACUUCCUGAAAUUCUUGAAGAGUUAUUAGCAGCCCGUCGAAGGGCUAAAGCAGAUUUGAAGGAGGCAAAAGAUCCUCUAGAGAAGGCUGUGCUGGAUGGUCGACAGCUGGCUCUAAAGGUCAGUGCAAAUUCUGUAUAUGGGUUUACAGGGGCUACUGUUGGUCAGUUACCUUGCAUAGAGAUAUCUUCAAGUGUAACAAGCUAUGGUCGGCAAAUGAUUGAGCACACGAAAAAACUGGUGGAGGAUAAAUUUACAACGCUCAAUGGUUAUGAGCACAAUGCUGAGGUCAUAUAUGGUGACACAGAUUCAGUCAUGGUGCAAUUUGGUGUUUCCUCUGUGGAAGAGGCUAUGAAAUUAGGGAGAGAGGCUGCUGAAUAUAUUAGUGGAACUUUCAUUAAACCCAUCAAACUAGAGUUUGAGAAGGUUUACUAUCCAUAUCUCCUAAUUAGCAAGAAGAGAUAUGCUGGUUUAUUUUGGACAAAACCAGACAAAUUUGACAAGAUGGACACUAAAGGGAUUGAAACAGUUCGAAGAGAUAAUUGUUUAUUGGUAAAGAACCUGGUCAAUGACUGCCUUCACAAAAUUCUGAUUGACAGGGACAUCCCUGGGGCAGUCCAGCAUGUAAAGAAUGCAAUUUCAGAUCUGCUUAUGAACCGCAUGGAUUUGUCACUUCUGGUCAUUACAAAGGGUUUAACCAAGACGGGAGAUGAUUAUGAAGUAAAAGCAGCUCACGUUGAACUUGCUGAAAGGAUGCGCAAGCGAGAUGCUGCCACUGCUCCAAAUGUUGGUGAUCGAGUACCUUAUGUCAUAAUUAAAGCUGCAAAAGGUGCCAAGGCUUAUGAAAAGUCAGAAGAUCCCAUCUAUGUGCUAGAGAACAACAUACCAAUAGACCCUCAGUAUUAUCUCGAGAAUCAAAUUAGCAAGCCAAUUCUGAGGAUUUUUGAGCCUAUUUUGAAGAAUGCUAGCAAGGAACUUCUCCAUGGAAGCCACACAAGAUCCAUAUCUAUUUCUACGCCAUCAAACAGUGGCAUAAUGAAAUUUGCUAAGAAACAGCUUACUUGCAUCGGUUGCAAAGCUUUACUUAGCAAUGGAGAUCGCACUCUCUGCUCGCAUUGCAGGGGAAGGGAAGCAGAGUUGUACUGCAAAACAGUUGCUCAAGUUUCUGAUCUAGAGACGCUUUUUGGGAGGCUUUGGACACAAUGUCAAGAAUGCCAAGGUUCCCUUCAUCAGGAUGUUCUUUGCACAAGUCGAGAUUGCCCCAUUUUUUAUAGAAGGAAAAAGGCACAGAAAGAUAUGGCUGAAGCAAAGUUGCAAUUGGACCGGUGGAAUUUCUAGGAUUCUAUAUCCAGCCAGCUGUGCAGAAUGUGAUCUUGUGGAUCUUCCCUUCUACGGCUGUUGGGACUAGAGCGGAAGGGGAACAAUUAGCACAAUGUGAUGCGAGCAUGUAUAGAAGAUGGAAAAAUCACUAUCUUAUGAAUAAUAUAACUUGUUAUCUGAUGACAUGAUACACUUACCUAUAAAUUUUAUCUCAAUUUCGCUGUAGAGCUGACCAAAGAGCAAUGUCAUGUUAAUUAUAAUUCA